UGCUUCAAGCAGGCUCAAACAUGUUCUCUCUGUCAGUGGAUUUCGGUUUGGUGUGGCUGACCUUUGGUUUAAUUGUGUGCGAGUCAGCCAAGGGUUCAUGUGCCUUUAAAAGCAACUGUUACAGAAAAACCUGUAAGGGAAUAGAGUAUGACACCCGUGAGGCUGUGUGCUGUGAGAAUAACCUCCAUCCAGGAGCAGGACUUUCAUGUUGUGGAAAUCAGUCCUUCAACUCAGCAGAGGCCACCUGUUGUAAAGCUGAACUCAGACAAGAAGUAAAAGCUAAUGUUACAGAGGGUCUGAGCCAGAGUGUGUCCUGUUGCUGUAGUCUGAAAGCCUACAACCCACUCAAUGAAAUAUGCUGUCAGUCAACCGUCAAAGACAAGCCUACAGCAAACGCACAGUGUUGUGGUGAAGAUGCUUUUGAUAAAGAUACACAGCUGUGUUGUGGUCUCGGUGAUAAUAAGAAGAUCCUGUUGAGAAUUUCCGAUCGCCACCAGUGCUGCGGACAUGACCAGUUUGACCGUGUGACUCAGCACUGCUGCCUGAAGGAUGGCUCUUUAGUGAUACAUUCCAUUAACUCCAGCAAUUGUAGAGAGGAGUCAGUGUCAGCUCUCUGUGGACAGAAGACAUAUGACGAACGCAACGAACUGUGCUGUGAAUCAUCUCUAGUAGCCAAACCAACACCAGCUUCCAAAUGCUGCGGUAAUGAGACAUAUGAUGAAGACAACCAGUUGUGUUGUGGUCUUAAUGAAAAGAAGAUCCUGAAGAGGAAGUCCAGUAACCACGAGUGUUGUGGACAGAAGGGCCAGUACGACAAAAUGACUCAGCGCUGCUGUUUGGUGGAUAACGCUUUGAAGAUACAACCUAUUAAUUCCACAUGCUCUGAGGAAUUGUCGAUGUCAGCUCUCUGUGGACAGAAGACAUAUGACGAACGCAACGAACUGUGCUGUGAAUCAUCUCUAGUAGCCAAACCAACACCAGCUUCCAAAUGCUGCGGUAAUGAGACAUAUGAUGAAGACAACCAGUUGUGUUGUGGUCUUAAUGUAAAGAAGAUCCUGAAGAGAAAGUCCAGUAACCACGAGUGUUGUGGACAGAAGGGCCAGUACGACAAAAUGACUCAGCGCUGCUGUUUGGUGGAUAACGCUUUGAAGAUACAACCUAUUAAUUCCACAUGCUCUGAGGAAUUGUCGGGUGUGCAACAACAGAAAGGAGCUCAACCCAAACGUCCUGAAACACACAAUAUUUUGUGCGGGUCAUCAUGGUUCAGCGGGACUGGAUACCUCUGCUGUGAGAGAGACAAGACGCAGCCUUCAGGUCAGGGUAAUAUUGACCCCACAUGUUCACAUGUCUGCUGUGCUGGCUGUAUAUCUGAGUGGAAGUCUUUGGAUCAGGGCUGCGGAGCGACGCAGAACAGCUUGGCACAGCACAAAGUCCUUUGUUUUGAUCUGGAAACAGACAGAAAGGAUGGAGAGGAGUGUUCAGACAUCAGUGUUCCUUACCUCCAAUCUAAAGGGACUAUAUGUUGUAAUAAGUUUCAUGGCUCACCAGGACAACACAGCUGUGGGACAGAACUCUACAAUCCUCAUAGAGAAAUCUGCUGCAAUGGACACAGACAUUCCAAAGAAGAAAACAAGCGCUGCUGUGGGGUUCAAGCCUACAACAUUAAGAACAAACAGAAGAAGUGCUGCGCAGGGACACUGUACCACCUGUCAUCUGAAAUUUCGGCACAUGAAGCACAAUGCUGCGGAUCCAGCUUGCAGAAAUCAUCGGACAUUUGCUGCUCAAAUGAACACAAGGAGGUGCUCUACCCUGCCAAGACGGGAUUCAGUUGCUGUGGUCACCUCUACUACAACACGUCAUUGUGGUCAUGUUGUGCAGGGAAGCUGAGCCCAGUCCACAAACCAGGACAGCGUCAUGGCAGGUCGAUUAAAAAACCCAGACUUGUAUCGAUGAGCAACCUGAAUGAAGAAGAUCUCUGCAAAGAAAUGCUUAUCGGGAUUGUGGACAGUGUGUCUCUGCACAGCAUCGUGUUCAGCAGUGUGUUCAAAAUCUUUGGAAGAAAUGCCACUGUGAUACAUCUGCCCUCGACUCACGUCCUGAGAGCACCUGAUCACUGCAACUCCCCAAAACUGAUCCUUGGGAAAACCUGCUUUUUUGAUCAAGUUAAUGUCUUCACUGAUUUCACCCAUGACUCUCUUCACCAGUCCCUCCAUUUUAUUAUUUCCAAAUGUUAUCGUCCUUAAACCACCUCUGGUUAACCUCUUUUAACAGACAUUGUCAGUGUCAGGCGGUUUACUUGAAAAGCUUUCAAGUAUCUUUUUACUAAAAUUACUGAAGUACAUACACUACCUUACUAAGCAGUUUGAAGUUAAACAACUCAAUACAUUACCUAUUGACGCUUCCUUUAAUAGUGCCGUUUCACAACUCCAUAGCUAUGGGUCAGCCUUUUAGGACAUUAUUCAUAGUUAUUGAAACAUAUGAUGUUAUUUAGAAGUAUGAAAGUACAGCACUGAUGAUGAUGAUUUGGAUGACUGAGUAGAGCUCAGUAUUACAGUCAAGAGAUUUGGUUUAAGGUCUCAGAACGAGUCACAGUUGAAUUACCUUUACAAACAUUGUUCGGGGGAACAGUGGAAACCAAGAUGAUGAGGGAGCUGAAAACAUUGCCCAAAAGGGAAGAAGAUAAAAUGUAGCUAUAACCUAACACCAUUCAAUAAACUAAAAACAUGACAUUACUGGAUGUAUCACGAGCUAAAGAGAAUCUUUAUUGAAUGUGAGAAACAAAAAUAUAUUGUGAGUCAGAACACAUUGCAGUUACUGUCAGUGCAUUGGGUAUAAGUUAUUGUGCCUUAAUUUGGAAAUUUACCAAUUGAUUCUAUCUUGUGUGUCAUUUUACCAAACAAAUUUGCAAUGAAAUGACCAAAACAUAAUUUAGAAAAACAGCCAAGACUUCAAGUAAGCAAACUUUCCAAAAUGUAGAAGUCGAGCAGUAUUACUGGAAUUAUUUACUGCAAUAUUUGUAAUAAUAAUUCUUGUUGCGAAAAGUGUAAAUGCUCCUAUAAGUGUCUUAUAAAGUGAAUGGGGAUUUAAUGAUCUGUACUCUUUUAAGUAUAUGCUUCGAUUCAUUUCCAACAAAUGGACAUAAACUACAGGGAAAAGCUGUUGUUUUUGCAAAAUACCUGUAGCUGAUUUAUUUUCUGUCAUGAAAGAAUAUUUAUUUUCAUUUCUACAUAAGCUUGACAGCUACAAGCUAAUACAUUUGGUGUUUUGAAAUAAUAAGCUGACCUUAAAAACUUUGGGCUUAAAUGUAUUUAUUCUCACACUCAAGUUAGAGGUGGCAAGUGUUUGCACAAGCCUUUGCACUAUUACAAACAUGAUUUGUAUCAGGGCUACAGAUAUGCUAUAAUGCUAACAGUCACCCAAAGGUUCAACUGUGCCUUGAAAAUACUUCUACAUUAUCAUUUCGGUUAUCCUUUGUUGUCUCAGACUUUUCAUGUGAAUGUGUUUUCUGUAAUGUGUUACACUGUUUUGGAAACAGAGUCUAUUUUGACAUUUAUCAGUACUGAACAUUCUUCUGUAAACUCUAAUUGUACUAUUAGAAUUAAGGAAUAUUUUAUUUCCCACACUAUACUUUCUGUUUAAACUGCAUGUUUAUAUUGAUUGAUUUAUCGCAUGUGUCUUAAAAAUAACAGGAUUUGGUGGGUGCCUGACUCUUUUGUGUUUUUCUACUUAAUAAAAACAGUUAUGACA